AUGGAGAAUGUUACUUCAAUUCCAGAUAACCAGACACUUGGUCCAUGGACUGAUUAUAGCAUGGAAUACAAAGUGGUCAGCAUAUUAUUUGUGAUCCUCAUCUGUGGGAUCGGAAUAGUUGGAAACGUUAUGGUGAUACUAGUUGUUCUUACAACCAAACACAUGCGGACACCCACCAACUGUUACCUGGUGAGUUUGGCGGUGGCCGACCUGAUGGUCCUGACCGCGGCGGGACUGCCGAAUAUUACAGAGAGUUUGUAUGGAGGAGGCUGGGUGUACGGAUACGUCGGGUGCCUUAGCAUUACUUAUUUCCAGUACUUGGGCAUCAACGCGUCUUCAUGUUCCAUCACCGCUUUCACCAUUGAGCGGUACAUAGCCAUCUGCCACCCCAUAAAAGCGCAGUUUAUGUGCACUCUGUCAAGAGCAAAGAAAAUCAUAGUGGUCGUUUGGGCUUUUACCUCGCUCUACUGCGUCAUGUGGAUUUAUCUCUCUGACAUGAACGAGUUGAUUUAUGACAAUAUUACCAUGUUCUCAUGCGAAUACAAAGUGUCCAGAAAUCUUUACCUGCCAAUCUACUUCACUGACUUUGCCGUGUUCUAUGUGGUGCCCCUCAUGCUAGCCACUGUUCUGUAUGGAUUUAUCGCUAGAAUUCUUUUCCUCAACCCCUUGCCAGCAGACCCCAAGGAAAAUACUAAAAAGUGGAAAAAAGAAUCAUGCCAAGGAAAUAGGACGAUGAGCACCAACAAUUCAUCAUUUAGCACAACUGCCCGCUCUCGCAGGCAGGUAAGUACUACUGUUUUAAAGUUUGUUAUCUUGUAACAGUGUAUCUACAGCAUAAUAACUACAGUGUGUUUGUGUGUGUGUGUGUGUGUGUGUGUGUGUGUGUGUGUAUGUGUGCGCCUCGGAAUAAAGUGAGGAGAAACAAAUUAAUGAUUUAAAAAACGGUCAUAAUUGCACUGGUAUGAUAUGGCGUGCACCUGGUGAAGUUGGGGUGUUCAAUCCAAGCAUAUACUGUACACUCUUAGAAAAAUGGGACAGCCGAAUGAAUAACCCUUUUAGGUUCUAGAUAGCACCUUUUUUUCUAAAAGUGUAUGGUAACAUCCUAGAGAACACAGACGUCAAGUCAACGUCUAUUCUACGUUGGUUCAAGGUAAUUUCAUUGAAAUGACGUGGAAACAACGUUGAUUCAAACAGUGGGUAAUCAUUGUAAGUAGGUUACAGUGUGCAGCACGAGCAAGUCAACAUGCAACAAACCGUAUUAAUAUAGACUCAUAAAGCCUCACCACUAUGCUGACGGCACACGUCACUGAAUAAUGUAAUUUGUAACACAUAUAGAGCCUACACUGCACCUGAGUCUGAGCAUGCGAAUGGGAGGGGUGAGAGUUCAUCUGAUGAAAGGGAGAGCUCCACUAUAAAGAGUGGAUUUUUAGGUAUUGUGGUGCCAACAUCAUGUUAUGGGAAUGCUUGUCACCAGCAGGGACUGGAGACGGAGUACCGGCAAAAUAAAUAUUGGGGUACGUGUACUCCAUACCGGUUGAACAUGAGCCAACACAAUAUUUAAAACAAAGAUGCCAAGAAACCUGUAGGCUAUUACACUAUUAUUUAUAAUUAAAGCAUGUCACCCUCAUGACAAAUUAGUGAACGGACUAGAUUACUUGUGGAAUACGCUCCAAAAUGUGAUGUAGUUCGACGAUAACAGUGACAUUUUGUGAAGGCAGAGAUGAGUGGCUGAGAACGAGACGCGCGUGGACGGUGAGCGCAUCUUCAGGUUACAAGUGUAGGCCUAAUGAAUCACAAUCACAGAAUGUAAUUCCUUACACUUUUAGUUUUUUAAAAAUAGAUGUCUCUUUCUAUUCAUCAAAUUGCCGGUGCACAGUGCACUGUAUGGAUGUGGGAAUUAUUUUAGAGUGGACGAAUGUGCGCAGGUAGCCAGGCUUACAGGAGCCCUUUGAAGUAAUUGUUUGACAAUCAGAUGAAAACAAUCAUGACUGGUAAUGUUAAUGCCACAUUAACCUCUGAAAGUCUAAGCCCCUCCCCCCCGCCCAAUGCAAUGGCUUAGACUUGUAGAGGUUAAUGUGGCAUUAACAUAACCAGUCAUGAUUUUUUCAUCUGAUUGUCAAACAAUUGCCAAACUGUUGGGACGCUACAGACGUUUCGUGAGAAGACCGAUUUUCGGGAUGUCUCAUGGUCUGACAAACACCACUGUAGCUCGGCCACCUUCCACCGCAGAUGCGGAAGGUCGACAUAGGCGGGUGUGGUGGAUUGAGACACAGCCCAUGCAAAAAAACUGACAGAUUUUGAUGGGGAUCUUUUUUUUCUGUUAGAUUAAAAGGUAAUACAUUUGAAAAGUUAAAUGACACAUUUGUACUAUUAGGUCCACAGAGAUCCUAUUUAAUGAAUAGGGAUUCUAUAUGUAAUUCUAUCUGUAAGAAGUUAAAUCUAUAGUACUUUCACCCCUGAUCAAAAUGAAAGUAGCAAAGCCCAGGUAAAAAGUCAGAGGAAAACCGCCUCAGUCUUCUAUUUUUUUCAGCAGGACAAUUACAUACAUUUAAAUGCCAAAGACACACCAGAAUGGCUUUCCAAUAGAUGUUAAGUGUUCCUGAGUGGUCCAAUCUCAGUCCUGCACGAAAUUUGCUUGAACAUCAGAGACAAUGUUUGAAUAUUGCUGUCCAUCAAUGACUGCCAAAUUUACUGAGCUUAAGCAAUUUUAACAAAAACAAUGAAUAUACAUGUAUGUUGCCUGAAGAGUUGUGCAAAGUUGGUAGAAUCUUAUAAAAAAUGAUUCACAGCUGUAAUGGCUGCCAAAGGUGCUUCCACCAAGUAUUAACUCUGGGGUGUGAAAACAUACGCAAUCAAGACAUCUUAGUUUUUUUAGGUUACCUUGGUCGCGCAUCCUCAGCCUUGUCUGGACAUGGACCAAGCCAGCCUUGAGCUCUUUCUGUCUCAGUGGCAUAGACAAAAAAGACAGAUGAUGGAUCUGUGCUCACUGCUAGGUCAUUUAGCAAAACAAGUCAAGAUAAUGCUCUGACAUAACACACACAUCUCUAACUGGCCUAGCGUUGAAUGGAAACCAGUGUAAUCCAUACCACUUACCAGGGCCUGAUUGAAUUACCUCAAAAGGUCAAAAUUGAAUAAGGAUAGCGAUCAGGAAUCUUCCCUAGUUGCUCCCUGGCCCUAUCCAAUAAGAGACACAUCACUGGUGUGAGAGCUCACAACAUAAAUAUGGAUGAUAGCAUCUAAUUGCAUUUGGAGUUUAAUACAAACAUUAUCACAUCAUAAUUAUAUUUGCAGUUAAAUUGCUCUCUAGGCGCUGUUGGUUUAGUCUUACAGAUGCUGUUUUGUCAGUCUCUUCAGUCUGUGGUCGAUAUUAAUUGUAAGAGGGUGCUCACCGACCCAUUUCAACCAAUUUUCUUUGCAUAGCAGGAACAUAAAAAUUUUUCACACAUUUUUUACAGGAGUCAAGCUGAAAUCUAUUUUUCCCUAUGUCUUUUGAUGAAAAUGGCUCUUGAUUUUCUUCCAUGUGUUGUUGUCAGGUGACUAAGAUGUUAGCUGUGGUGGUGGUGCUCUUUGCCCUCCUCUGGAUGCCCUAUCGGACGCUGGUGGUGGUCAACUCCUUCCUGGACAAGGCUUACCUGGACCUCUGGUUCCUGCUCUUCUGCCGCAUCUGCAUCUACCUGAACAGCGCUGUCAACCCUGUCAUCUACAACGCCAUGUCUCAGAAGUUUCGCACCUCCUUCAAGAAGUUGUGUCACUGCGGUCCGCAGCGAUUGGAGAAGCCAGCGUCCUACAGCGUGGCCCUGACCUACAGCGUCAUCAAGGACACGACCAAUGGAGAGAGCCCUGACCACUUCACUACUGAGAUGGACGAGCUGGCCACGCCCACACCCAGUGACCAGUUCCUGCCCAGCACCAAGAGGAUGUCAUUCGAGGACCCCUCUCUGUCAGGCAGG